UGUUUUACAUAUAAAUGAAACUCCUAUGACACAAAACCGUGUGUUGUUUCUUGUUUGGAAGCUUAAGAUGACUAAGAAGAAGUUGGAAACUCUGAUGGGGAAAAUGAGAGGCUUAUGUUUUGUUUGUCUUGGAGGUUGCUUUGACAGCUGCUACGAUCACAGUCAAGCCUAUGGGUUAGGGACAAGGAUUUGGAACUUGAGUGAUCGACCGGUGGAGUUGCAGAUAAGGGUGGGAUCAAUACUUAAGAAGGUUCACACUUUGAAGCCGGGGUGUUGUAAGAGACUGAAAAGUAAACGCAUAUACAAGGCAUACAUGCCUGGUAAGAAUGGCAAUGAUUUGAAGAGCUUGCUUUAUUACUAUGAUGAAACCAGUCACCCUUAUGUUUGGAUUCAUGACAAAGGGGGUGAUUCCUUGAGGAUGGUCAAACAGCAGUAUAUUAGCCUUGAGGAUUUGAGGGAUUCUUCUGAGAUCAAGAUCUUAAGGGAUCAUCAGAGAGGUUGCAUUUCAGUUCUCAAGAGAACUAGGCCAGAUUUCUGCUGAAUUUCAAUGUCAUUUCUUGCUUCAUUAAGUCGCUACUUUAAUUUGUCAUUGGUAGGAAAUAAAAUUUUCACUGGUUGCUUUCUUUGCUGGGUGUUAUUAAUGGCAGAAUGAAAUAGUCCAUGAUCAUGUUUAAGUGUGUUA